AUGUUAGCUGACGAAACCACAAAAUUGAUACUUGCCAGUGCCAUUUACUUUAGAGGCUCUUGGCUGACGCCAUUUAAUAUUCCAUUGACGGCGAAGAAACCAUUCUAUACGGCGCAAUUGAAGGACAUCACACCAACUGAUUUUAAAACCUUGGAACUCACUCUGCCAAAGUUUAAGUUGGAAUUUAGUAUGGUCCUCAACGAAGUUAUUAGGAAUCUGGACAUCACUGAUAUAUUUCAAUCACCCAAUUUUAGCAAUUUAACGGUCUUCCAAGGAGCUUUAUAUGUGAAUGAAAUCGUACAGAAAGCGGAAGCUGCCGGUACCCAAAGUUUGUAUUCAUUUUAA